UAUAAUUUGACAAAAUGUCAUUGCUAUCACGUAUUUUAAUGAAAAUUUCUUCACGCCCAAAUACACGUUUUAUGCAAAAGUGGUACCCCGAUGCGGAAUGGUUUCGCCAAUUUGAUGGACCCGUUAUGUUCAAUCGAGAAAAAUUCAAGCACUGGAAAAUUCAACCAUGGAAUGGAAAAUUACCUAUGGUCGAGAAGAAGGUUAGAAAUAUGGUAAUUAAUUUCGGGCCAGCACAUCCAGCAGCCCACGGCGUCUUGAGAUUGAUUUGUGAACUCGAAGGUGAAGUAAUUCGAAGAAUUGAUCCUCAUAUUGGGCACUUACAUCGAGGUACCGAAAAACUCUGCGAGCAUAAGACUUACUUACAGGCUUUACCAUAUUUCGAUCGUUUUGAUUACGUGUCUCCCAUGUGCAAUGAGCACGCCUUCUGUUUGGCACUUGAAAAAUUGCUAAACAUCGAUAUACCGAGAAGAGCAAAGUUUAUCAGAACCAUUUUUAUUGAAUUAACUCGUUUGUUGAGCCAUGGGUUAAGCGCAGCAUCUCAACUUUUGGACGCGGGUGCAAUAACACCAGUGUUUUGGGUAUUUGAAGAAAGAGAAAAAAUCUGGGAAUUUUGUGAACGGGUUAGUGGCGGAAGAGUGCAUUCGAUAUAUUUUCGGGUAGGAGGUGUUGCACGGGAUCUACCAAUCGGGCUAUUGGACGAUAUACAGCUCUUUACUGAACGGUUCUGUCAGCGUCUAGACGAAAUUGAAGAUGUAACUACAAAUAACAGAAUUUGGUUAGCGAGGAAUGUAGGCAUUGGGGCGAUUAGUGCGGAAGAUGCAAUUAACACUGGUUGUUCAGGAACUAAUUUACGCGCGACUGGAGUAAAGUGGGAUCUCCGAAAAAAUCUUCCUUACGAGAUUUAUGAUGAAUUGGAUUUUGAUGUUCCUGUGGGUGCUAACGGUGACUGCCAUGACAGGUAA